UUCAAAAAUUCCAAAGACAAGCACUGCUAUCCAUAACGGGCAGUAUGUGCACAACACCGACAGCUGCAAUGGAGGUAAUACUAGGAAUUCCUCCAUUACAUCUCCAUAUAAAAGAGGAAGCAACGCUUACAGCUCUCAGACUAAAAACAUGCGGACUGUGGAAACACACAAACACAGCCCACACCAACAUCUUAAAAGAGGGAAUACAAAUAAACCCAUGUAUGGAAUGGAUAUGUGAUAAAACACAAAAACAAUUCGUGAUGGACAAAACAUACAAAAUCAAUACAGAAGAAGCUAGUAACUGCUACACAAACCCUGACACCCUAGAUGUGUACACGGAUGGGUCAAAGACAGACACAGGUACUGGAGCAGGAGUCUACUGCCAAGACCUCAAUAUACGGAUUGCACAAGCGCUUGGUAAGCACAACUCAGUCUUCCAGGCAGAAUGCGUCGGCAUCACAACUGCGGCUGUUGCCGUGACCAACAGACAGGUAUGACAGACAGUCCUCUGUGCAGAGCCUGCAUGGAGGAGGACGAGACACCGCUACACGUUAUGCUCAGUUGCAGAGGCGUAACGGAACAACGAGCAACCUACAUUGGCUCCUCAGCGACACUCCAUGAGGCUAUCGGCGACCUGGGCGGCCUGCUAAGCUUCUGGAGCGAGCUCGGCUGGAUGGAAUAAAUCCAGCGGGAACCUACACCGGAGGGACCCACGCACAACGGCCAAUCAAAUGGCUAAGUGCGGAAACGGCCCAGAAUAAAGAAGAAGAAGAAGAAGAAGAGUACGCUAAUAGUAAAGCAAUUUUGU